AUGCCACCAGUCAUCCAUUGUGUUCGCCAUGGGGAAGGCUUUCAUAAUGUCGGUGGCGGUUGCUAUACCAUUCCUGACCCGCGUUUGUCACUCACUGGGGAGAAUCAAUGCGAAUCACUCCGUGAAGGCGCCUUCCGUAAUCAGUCGGGAAUCUCCCUUAUCUUGUCGUCACCGAUGUGCCGAGCCCUUCAAACUGCAGCUCUGGUAUUCCAGCCAGCUCUGACGUCGGCCCUCCAAUCCGAAAGGAUUCUCGCCUACCCUGACGCUCAAGAAACGUCAAGUGACCCGUGCGACACUGGCUCGGACCCAGAAAUCCUCAGACGCAUCGUGGGAAAAGAGAAAUGGCCGGUGGACCUCUCUUUGGUGAAAGAUGACUGGAACCAGAAGAAGGCUGGAGCUCGCUACAGUCCGAGCAACGAUGCGAUCCGUGCUCGCGCCCGCGAUGCUCGGCUGUUUUUGCGGGCGAAAUUACGGGAGCUGGUUUCCAAUGGGAAGGACGAUGCGGAGAUUGUUCUCGUGUCACACGGUGGAUUUCUGCAUUAUCUUACGGCCGACUGGGAGGAUGCAUAUCGCCACCCGGGUACUGGAUGGGACAAUUGCGAGACGCGUGCUUAUGUAUUCGAAAGUGACUUUACGUCCGAUCACGAUGAAGAGGCCUGGUUGAUUGAAACAAGAGAGAGUCGGUGGAGGCGUGGCAAAGAACAUCCGAUGUAUGGAAAGGAGGUUCAGGGCAAGCUUUUCACUACAGCGAUGGAGCGUUGGCAGGGCCAAGGGCUGCAACGACCAGACGAAGUAGAUCUGGACUGGAAGACUCCUUUAAUCACCUACAUCUAUAACGCAGCCUGA